AUGACAAAAGAGGAACUAAAGUUUGCCCUGGCGGUGGAAUCCUUCAUCAACACUGUGCCCACUCCUGAGUAUCGACAGCUAUUGGUCGAAGCCACAACCGUAAUUGGCGCACUGGUCACGCACGACGAGGAGUCUCGAGUUCACCUCAACUGUAUCGUCUCUUUGGAUGAUCUAGUUGCCAACGCCAACCGCAUCUUCCUGGAGGAUCAGGACCUCAAGGGUUUCUUUGGCACAGUAAUGUUCCCCUGA